ACUGUAACCGAGCUUAAAAUAGAGACUGCCCUUGACUGGUCCUGAGGGCUGCGCAGGCCCCUGACGGCCCCUGGUGUCUGCCCUCCCAAGCCGAGCGGGACUCUGGUGGCUGGAGGCUGCAGACCUCCCUGAGAGGCAAGCCAGGCUCUCCUUGGUCCGGAAGCCCUUAGGGUACGUGUCCUCAGCCUCAGGCCUCCACCGCUGCCUGGGGAGGGGGGAGGGCCCGGCCUGGAGGAGAUGGCCGAUUUGGUGUGGUGGCACCUUAGGCUUAGCAGGUGCCACCUCGGCGUCUGACCACUGCUGAGCGGCCCCAGGCAGGAGGCCCACAGCCAGGAAAGGCGGCCCCUGACGGUCCCGGUUACCAUGGCGUCCACCAGCGUGGAGAGCCAGCUGCAGAGAAUCAUCCGCGAUUUGCAAGAUGCUGUGACAGAACUAAGCAGAGAAUUUAAGGAAGCAGGGGAACCCGUCACAGAUGACAGCACCAGCUUGCAUAAGUUUUCAUAUAAACUUGAGUAUCUCCUUCAAUUUGAUCAGAAAGAGAAGGCCACCCUCCUGGGCAACAAGAAGGACUACUGGGAUUACUUCUGUGCCUGCCUGGCCAAGGUGAAAGGAGCCAAUGACGGGAUCCGAUUCGUCAAGUCUAUUUCAGAGCUCCGAACAUCUCUGGGAAAGGGAAGAGCAUUUAUUCGCUACUCCUUGGUGCACCAGAGGUUGGCCGACACCUUACAGCAGUGCUUCAUGAACACCAAAGUGACCAGUGACUGGUACUACGCAAGGAGCCCCUUUCUGAAGCCAAAGCUGAGCUCUGACAUCGUGGGCCAACUCUACGAGCUGACCGACAUCCAGUUUGACCUGGCAUCGAGGGGCUAUGACCUGGAUGCUGCCUGGCCGACGUUUGCCAGGAGGACCCUGGGCACUGGCUCUUCUGCUUACCUAUGGAGACCCCCCAGCCGAAGCUCCAGCAUGAGUAGUUUGGUGAGCAGCUACCUGCAGACUCAGGAGAUGACCUCCCACCUUGACCUGAGCAACCCCUUAAACCAUGAGGCACUGGAGGGCUUUGACGAGUUGCGGCUAGAGCUGGACCAGUUGGAGGUGCGGGAGAAGCAGCUGAAGGAGCAGAUGCAGCAGCGGGAAAGAGAGAACCAGGAGCUGAGGGCGGCCGUCAGCCUGCAUGGAGAGCAGCUGCAGGCAGAGAGAGAGAGGGGCCGCGCCGCCGCCGAGGACAACCUUCGCCUCGCCGGUGUGGUGGCCGCGCUCCAGGAGCAGUGGGAAGUCACCCAGGCCACACAGAACACUGUGAAGGAGCUGCAGACGUGCCUGCAGGCCCUGGAGCUGGGGGCCUCGGAGAAGGAGGAGGAUUACCUCUCAGCCCUGCGGCGGCUGGAGUCCCUACUGCAGCCCCUGGCUCGGGAGCUCGAGGCCACACGUGACUCCCUGGGCAGGAAGGACCAGUGCUCAGCUGAUGUCCCAGACCAGCUGAGUGCAGCCGAGCAGAAGGCUGACAUGGCACUGGACGCAAAGGGGCGACAAAAGCGCAUCCCCAGUGACUCGCCCCUGGAGACUCAGGAGCUGGGGGAGAAGCUCCUGGAAAGGGAGAACACCCAGCUGGAGCAGCUGGCCAAAGAGCUGCAGCUGAAGGAGGAGGCCCGGGCCAGCCUGGAGCGCCUGGUGGAGGAGAUGGCCCCGCUCCGGGAAGAGCUGUCCAGGAAGGGGCAGGAGGCAGCCCAGCUCCAGCGUCAGCUGCACGAGUCGUUGGCCCACUUGAGCUCCCUGGAGGAAGAGCUCGCGGAGGGGAGGCGAGAGGAGCAGCGGCGGCAGGAGGAAAAGGGGCUGCUGGAGCAGGAGGCCAGGUCCCUGACGCGGCAGCUGCAGCUCCUGGAGACCCAGCUGGCCCAGGUGAGCCAGCACGUGAGUGACCUGGAGGAGCAGAAGAAGCAGCUCAUCCAGGACAAAGACCGCCUCAGCCAGAGGGUGGGGACGCUGGAGCGACUUGCUGCGCAGUCAGGCCCAGAUCUGCCUGUGGCGGCUGCGGAGCACGAGGCUCUGAGCCCCACCCUGCAGCAGGCCUGUGAGAAGCUGGAGGAGGAACAGAGGGGCCUGUGGGAGGGACAGGUGGACGAUCCCAAGAUGCAAGGGGCCGGCCAGGAGAAGCUCCAGCAGGCCAACAGGGAGCUGGAGAAGGAGCUGCAGAAUGUGGUGGAGCGCAACCAGCUGUUGGAGGAUAAGCUUCAGGCCCUGCAGGCUGACUAUCAAGCGCUGCAGCAGCGGGAGGCGGCCAUCCAGGGCUCCCUGGCCUCCCUGCAGUCAGAGCAGGCCAGCAUCCGGCACAUGGGAGACCAGAUGGAGGCAAGCCUCCUGGCUGUGAAGAAGGCCAAGGAGACCAUGAGGGCCCAUGUGGCUGAGAAGGAGGCUGCCCUGCAAAGCAAGGAGGCCGAAUGCCAACAGCUGCGGGAGCAGGUGGAGCAGUGCCGGCAGCUAGCGGAGGCCCGGGCUGGGGAGGUCAGGGCGCUUGAGGACCGGUGCCGCCAGCAGACCCAGCUGAUUGAGACCCUCACGGCAGACAAAAGCCAACAGGGGUUCAGCCCACCUCAAGACCACGCGUCCCAGGAGCUAGCAGCCCAGCUGGCCCUGUCUCAGGCACAGCUGGAGAGCCAUCAGGGGGAGGCCCAGAGACUGCAGGCUGGGGUGCUGGACCUCCAGGCCAAGCUGCAGGCAGCCCUGGGUGACCGGGAGAAGGUGCAGAGCCAGCUGAGCGUGGCCGAGGCCGCUCUGAGGGAGCACAAGGCCCUCGUGCAGCAACUGAAGGAGCAGAACAAAGCCCUCACCAGGGCCCACGUUCAGGAGCUGGUGCAGUGCUCGGAGCGUGAAGGGGCGCUGCAGGAGGAGAGGGCCGGAGAGGCCCAACGGAGGGAGGAGCUCCAAGUAGUGUGGGAGGAGCUGUCCCAGGCAACAGGCAGCUCCGAGGAGGCGCAGCUAGAACCUGCUGAGCUGCAGGAGCAGCCGCACCGGGCCAACACGGAUAUGGCCGAGCUCGGCAUCCAGGUCUGCGCGCUGACCGCAGAGAAAGAGCCGCUGGAGGGGGCGCUGGCCCGCGCCAUGCAGGAGCUCCAGGAUGCCAAAGAGGCAGCCUCCAAGGAGCGGGAGGGCCUGGAACACCAAGUGGCAGGGCUGCGGCGAGAGAAGGAGAGCUUGCAGGGGAAGCUGAAGGCAGCUGAGGAGGCAGCUGGCUCACUGCCUGGCCUGCAGGCCCAGCUGGCCCAGGCCGAGCAGCAGGCCCAGAGCAUCCGGGAGACUGCACGCCAGGAGCUCGACACCCUCAAGUUCCAGCUGAGCACCGAGAUCAUGGACUACCAGAGCAGACUUAAGACCUCCAGUGAAGAAUGCAGGAGCCUCAGGGGCCAGUUGGAGGAGCAAGGUCGGCAGCUACAGGCUGCCGAGGAGGCUGUGGGGAAGCUGAAGGCUUCCCAGGCCGAUGCGGCGGAGAAGCUGAGCUGCACCGGCAAGCACCUUGCUGAGUGCCAGGCCGCCAUGCUGAGAAAGGAUGAGGAGGGGGCUGCCCUGCGCCAAGACUUGGACAGGACCCAGAAGGAACUUGAAAAAGCCACGACAAAGAUCCAGGAAUAUUACAACAGACUCUGCCAGGAGGCGACAGACAGGGAAAAGAAUGACCAGAAGAUGCUUGCUGACCUGGAUGACCUGAAUAGAACCAAGAAAUUCCUGGAGGAGCGGCUGAUAGAGCUGCUCAGGGACAAGGAUGCUCUCUGGCAGAAGUCAGACGCCCUGGAAUUCCAACAGAAGCUCAGUGCUGAGGAGAGGUGGCUGGGGGACACGGAGGCGAACUACUGCUUUGACUGCAAGCGGGAGUUCAGCUGGAUGGUGCGGCGGCACCACUGCAGGAUAUGCGGCCACAUCUUCUGUUACUACUGCUGCAACAACUACGCUGUGAGCAAGCACAGCGGCAAGAAGGAGCGCUGCUGCCAGGCCUGCUUCCAGAAGCUGAGCGAGGGCCCCGAGUCCCCCGACAGCACCAGCUCGGGCACCAGCCAGGGAGAGCCCAGCCCCGCCCGGUCACCAGCCCAGGCCGCACCCCAGGCCACCGGAGGCCAAGGUGCUAACACAGACUGCCGGCCGCCAGACGAUGCCGUGUUUGACAUCAUCACAGAUGAGGAGUUGUGCCAGAUACAGGAGUCCGGCUCCUCCUUGCCUGAAACACCCACCGAGACGGAUUCUCUUGACCCAAACGUGGCUGAACAGGACACCACGUCAAACUCGCUAACCCCUGAAGACACUGAAGACAUGCCCGUGGGGCAGGAUGCUGAAAUCUGCUUGCUGAAGUCGGGAGAACUGAUGAUAAAAUUACCCCUCACGGUGGAAGAGAUCGCCAACUUCGGGGAGGGCAACAGGGAGCUGUUUGUGAGGUCCAGUACCUAUAGCCUCAUCCCCAUCACUGUGGCCGAGGCAGGCCUCACCAUCAGCUGGGUCUUCUCCUCCGACCCCAAGAGUAUCUCCUUCAGUGUGGUGUACCGGGAGGCGGAGGACACGCCGCUGGAUCAAUGUAAGGUGCUCAUUCCCACAACCCGAUGCAAUUCCCACAAGGAGAACAUCCAGGGCCAGCUCAAGGUCCGCACACCAGGCAUCUACAUGCUCAUCUUCGACAACACCUUUUCCAGAUUCCCACUGCCCAGACCAGAGAAGAGCCCAGUAAAUAUAGUGGAAGGAUUAGGUGGAUGGAUGGAUGGAUGGAUGAGAGAGAAGCGAAGGAAUGAAGGCUAAAGUUUGAGACCAGAGCCGUGAGGACCAGAGCUGUGAGGUUUGUCUCCAAGAAAGUAUUUUAUCACUUAACGGUUGACCGGCCUGUGAUCUACGAUGGAAGUGAUUUCCCGUAGCCUCAAGCACGUGGAUGUUAAUAGUUUCCCAUUACCCACAGGAAACACUACUCUUCCUCUCCUGUUACAAAACCCAAAAAACAGCAACCAGCUGCUCUGAAGCCAUCAAGAUCCACUGUGCAGCGGGCCCUUGGCUGCCCUUGGAGCUGGGUUCCUCGUACUCAGCACCACGCACGUCACUCUUAGCCCUGUGGCUUCUAAGGGCUCAGGCAACGUUUCCAUUGUCCUCACACCCAGAGGGACACUAUGCCAAAGUUUCAAACACUCAGGAGACCACUGGCCUCUCCUGGGGGCACAGUUGGUUCCAGGCCUCCUGUGGAGAGUUUCCCAGGCGAGAGAGGAUCCCAACUUCUGCUCAGGGAGAGACAUGGCCCCCCUGUGCCCAGCCUGGGGCCACGCAUCAUGGGUGACCAUGAGCUGGGAUGCCCUGGCCAGACCCUGUGAGGCCCUCGAGUCCUCCCAGGAAAAGGAGGUCGGGGCACCCAGGGGCCCACCCAAGAUCCCAACCAGCCUCCUCCAUCAUGCUCCUGUCCCUUCCUGCCCCGUGAGUCCAGGACUGCUCCAGAACUCAGCCAUUUCAGAGGGUCCUCCAGCUGCACUUGCCUCCUGGCCCUUCUGUCCUCAAGCAAAGCCCUUCACUCAGCCAGACCUCUCAACGGCUCAAAACAUCACCCUAAGAAUCAGAAUUGAAGCUAAUCCAGGGAACAGAACCCACCUACUGAGGGCCUGCAGUGCUGUCUGUCUACGGACGGCCAGAGCCCAGAUGCUGGGUAAUGUCAACGCCAUGACCAGAACGCAGGGUUGUGCAUCAGCCUAUAGGGCUCACUCCUUAGCCGACAGCCUGUCUUUGUUUAUAUCAAUAAGAGCUUCUGCCUCACCUGCAGAUAUGUUUACUGAAGAUCAUAAAUCAGGGUAGGAACCACUUUUAAAAAUUGGGGCUUCUUAACAAAAGUCUUUGGUAACUCAAGUGUCAACAGGCAUAAUUCAUGAAUCUGCUCUUUGCACACCUCUUGGUCCCCCCUCCCCACCUACCAGAUUCCCCACACCCCAUUUGCCCACUUCCUGCUGCUCAGCCUGCACCUGACACCUGUGAGCUGCCUCCCUCUGGGGCAAAUGAAUCCUCUGUCCUUUUCCAGGACGAGAGAAGGAGAUAGUCUUCCUGUUCUCUGUGGCCCUCUUCUCCCACCACAGAGGGCUCACCUUUGACGGCCUUUUUGUGCCCUGUUCACAGGGCAGUCAGGUCCCAGGUACUUUUCACAGUGAGUAGAACAUCUGACAAAGCAGCCCACCUUGGCUGGGGACAGGGAGAGGGCGCCGGGCAGGGUGACUGUGGGUCUGAGUGUUGGGCCCAGCCAGCCCUCCAGCUAGCCUGGUGACUAGGCCAAGCCACACCACCUCUAAGCUUUAUCUCGUGGUUCACAAGCCUGGUCUGACCAGUUCUGAGAGCUGGAAAAUGGGUCAGGAACCCCAGGCCAAGUUCAGCUCAGACCCCACACCCACCAUGCACCAGCAGAGAGGACUUGUGGGGCAGGGGUAGGAGGAAAUGACUUUGGCGAUCGAUUCAGAACUUUGAUUUAAACAGGAGACUUAGGCACUCCCAGUCACCUUUAAGUGGGGUUUGGGACAUGGUGAACAGAACCUUCCAGAGAGAUUAGCGCAGAGAAAAGCUGGACCUCUUGUGCUGUCUUUCCUGGGAGCAGCCGCCUGUGGCAGAAAGCCACGUCUCUAGCAUCUCCUCAAGCAAGGUCCUGACGGCGCUCAGCACCAAAACGGAAAUAGCCAGGUCCCCAGAGACCUCCUAGCCUCGUGCUUGUCCUCACAGGGGGCCACACAGCCUAUAGGUUGUUCCAGGGCGAAUUAUCCUGCCUUUAAAGCCACCCACUAUCCUCUUGGAUAGUCAGGUGUAGCUAGUCCACCACGUGGGAGAAACUAACAAAACCCAGAGCAGUCUGGGAUCUUGGUUUGAGUGCUUAGCUUUCCCAGGAUACCGUGGAGACUGGCCAAGCUGAUGGCCUUCUGCUGGUAUCACCACCGUCACCUGCAGCUAGAACCAGCGUUUCGAGAGUCGCUGAUGUGUUUCCUGCGAAAGGCCUGGAACAUUCCAUCUGAGGCUGAUUCUGAACCUCUGUCACUCAGCCCAACUGUAGCUUAAAAAAUCACUUGGCUCUUGUGAAGCCAACCCAGAGCCACUCCUGCAGGAGAGCGGUGGGCCCCUAGUGGCACCACAACAAAAGGUGACUGCAGUUGUGCAAAAAGGCUUUUGCUGUGUUCAGAGACCUGCCCCCCGACCCCCGGUCACACCCCGCUUUUGCAGCAUAUUUAUUUUUUGUGUUGAAUGGACUCUUGUCCUUUGUUCCUUUGCUGUGCGCGCUCAGGUUUGCUGUGCGCUAUGCGGCUAGAGAAUAUGUAUGGCUGCAGAUAUGCUUGCAGCCAUAUUUAGGUAUGGCUUCUAUAAAUAGCUUUCUUAUUUUAAACAGGUUCCCAAUUUUACUGAGGCUUUGGGGUUGCAGUAUUUGUUUUGUAAUGCAAACGACAGUGAAGGACAGCUAUUGAAAGUGGUGGCUCCACCCAGUAGACUGAACUACACUAGAAGUCAAGAAGGAGGAAACAUCCUCGGGGUCUCAGAUCACUAUUUAAAAGCAAAAACAAAACCCUAGCAGCCCCUUGAUGGCCCAGCUCUCUGAAUAACCGUCACUCUUUAGUAUUGAUACCAGCCACCUUGCUCACCACUGUCUCAGAAGCCACUGAUCACCCUCGCCCAUGAACACAGCCUCUGUCAGGCACACUCAUGAACCUCAAGGAAGGGCGUUUGGGAGGAAGCGUGGCCUCUGCAGAGCGCUUCUGGCUGGAGCCCACCUACUCCAGGUCUACAGGACCAAGAGCAGGCAAGGAAAUUCUCAAGCAGGAAUCUGGAAGUGAAACACCACAUAGGGUUUAGAAAGUAGACAUGAAAAGCCACACUAUGUAGUUCAGAAAUAGAGGCGAUGGUUUUUCUGGCAAUUUUCAGUUGUCACUCACCUUCGGUGGUGAAGUCAUUCCAGACUCACAUGAAAAGAAAUCCCCAUUUGGGGAUGAAAUCUCAAUCUGUUUUAUGAUACUGGUGAGAUGUCCACUGCCAUGGUUUUAUAGGAGUUUCAAUUUCAGAAGCCCACCCUGGUGACUCUACAUGGGAGAAUCCCAUCCUUGACUCAGAGGUUUUGAGAAUCAGCAGAGCCACCAUCUGUGAUGCUCAGAACCAAGGGUUGCCCAGAGACUGGAGUCAGCCAUCCACAUUUACAAAAUGCUUACCUGAAAUGUACUUUUCAGUGGAACCUUGGGUAAGUUUCUCUCUUUUCAUUGUGCUUCUUCCAAGGAAACAGGAAAGACUGAGUUAAUGCCUUUUCUCUCUUAAGCACUUUUUCAAAAUAAUAAAGUACAUCUUUAAAUUUGGGGAGGCAUUUCUGAUAAAAAGGCUUCCUUAGAACCUUAGGACGAGUGUUAUCCAGAGAUGAUCCUGCCCCUGGUGGCUGCAGAGCAACAGUGAAGCCUCAGUUGGAUGGCUUCCAAAUCGGAAUUGCACUUUAAUUGACUAAUCCUCAGUUCUUGCAGCCUUAUGGGAUAGCGGGUCUGGAAACCCAUCGCAUUCUUAUCUGCCAAAGAAUUACCCAGAAGCACAUCAAAUGUCAACACGCUACCUGCACAGCAGGGGUGAUGAACUUUUGUAUCCCAAAACAUAUUCCUUAUAGCAUCUGCUGCACCAUUUGGGAAUGUCUUUAUUUUUAACCUCAGGAUUUAAAUAAACACUAUGUCAUUGA